UGUGCAUCGAGCUAUGAAGAGGCCGGACAUUUUUUCGAUGCGAUUGUAUCACCUCCAUAUGUCAAUUUAAUGAAAUGUCCUUUAUCAAAAAAAAUGUCUAUGUCCCGUGGCAAGGGGGUGAGGACCUGAACUGGGUAAGUUGUUGCUAAGGUACAUUGUUCCGUAGUGAUCCGGAACUUCCCGACGAAACAGACCACGUACAACUCCCGAGCCACCGACACCGACGUGUCUAUAUCCUCGACGUGCCACUGCCCAUGAUUGCUUGUCCGAUCAACGCUCAUCUCAGAUUUCUAAUUAAGCGCUCAUUCAUUCCGUGGGGUCAAGUCCUCGGCAAGAUAGGGUAUUUUAUCCGACGACCGAGAGAGGCACAAGUCCGCCGGUGGUUUGCUUUGUUCGUCGCACAUCCAGCAUCAGCAGCAGCUACAAAACUUAUUUGCUGGCAGCUCACCGGUCACAACGUACCCUGCGUGCUUUGCCGCCAUGGUUGCCGCCGGUCUGCCGCCCAUCAAGCACCACCCUGCCGAGUCGCAGCCAUGCUUUGCCACCAUGGACAUCGACAUCGGCACCCCCUCGUCCUCCCCGCGCGGCCGCUCCUCCUCCUGCGCCGGCAUCGACCUGCGGGUCCUGCUCUCCGUCGUCUUCGGGGGAAUCUUCACGGUGUUCCUCCUCGCGGCGUCGCAGGCCGCGCUCCCCUCCGCCUCACUCUUCCUCCAGCGGUACUCCGCAGCCACCCAGCGCCCGUCGCCACCGCGCUUCGCCUACCUCGUCUCUGGCUCGAAGGGCGACGCCGGCAGGCUGCGCCGCUGCCUGCUCGCGCUCUACCACCCGCGGAACCGCUACAUCCUCCACCUGGACGCGGAGGCGCCGGACUCGGACCGCGCGGAGCUGGCGGCCUUCGUGGCGGCGCAUCCGGUCCUCGUCGCGGCCGGCAACGUGCGCGUGGUGGAGAAGGCCAACCUGGUGACCUACCGGGGCAUCACCAUGGUCACCACCACGCUGCACGCCGCCGCUGCCUUCCUGCACGGCUCUGGUGCCGCCGACUGGGACUGGUUCAUCAACCUCUCGGCCUCCGACUACCCGCUCGUCACGCAGGACGAUCUGAUGGACGUGUUCUCGCGGCUGCCGCGCGACCUCAACUUCAUCGAGCACACGAGCGACAUGGGCUGGAAAGCGCAUGCGAGGGCGAAGCCGUUGGUUGUCGACCCGGGGCUGUACGUGAAGACGAAGCGCGACCUGAUGUGGAUGAACACCGAGACCGAGAAGCGGGAGCUGCCCACCGCCUUCACGCUCUUCACAGGUUCUGCUUGGACGGUGUUGUCGCGGCCCUUUGUGGAGUACCUGAUCGGGGGGUGGGACAACCUGCCACGCACCCUCCUCCUCUACUACGGCAACUUCGUAUCCUCCCCGGAGGGCUACUUUCAGACGGUGGCCUGCAACGCCGAGGAGUUCCGAAACACCACUGUGAACCAUGACAUGCACUACAUCUCCUGGGGCAAGCCCUCGGGGCAGCACCCGGAGCUCAUCAAUGCCACUCAUUGGGGUAGGAUGCUCGGUAGUGACGCCCCCUUCGCGCGCAAGUUUGGUCGAGACCCCGAUGACGUGGUUCUUGCGAGAAUCGACGAGGAACUCCUGUCGCGAAAGCCCGGCAUGCUCAUCCCAGGUGGCUGGUGCGCAGGAAAUGUUGGUGGAGGCGGCGGCGAUGAUCAUUGCUCGGCUGUCGGGGAUGCGGCACUCCUGCAUUCAGGCCCUGGAGCUGUGCGGCUGCAGCGGCUCGUCGAGUCACUCCUGUCGGAGGACAGCCUCCGGCCUAAACAAUGCAAGAUAGUCGAGCACAACGAUUGAGCUGCACUGCUACUGCCGGCGGUGCUCCAUUUUUUCCGUUUUGAAAGAGCGAGACAUCUCUUCAUGGAAUUUGAUCACUUGUUUUUAGGUUGGGAUCACUUGAUCAGUUUCUUCUCCUUUUUAGCUACUAUUGGAGCCCAACACUUGAGAAUCGAGAUAUAGAGGCAGGGUCAGUUUGGUUUGUGCCUAGGUUUACCCUAUCAAAAAAUUGGUUGGCAAAACUUCUCGAAACAGGCUUUCGCCCUGCUUUGUAUAUAAAGCACCAACCACAGAGGUACACGGCCGAACGAUACAAGAUGGUGAGGUAGCCCUCUUACAAAGCCGAUCCUAAGAUAUCCGGCAGACACAGACGCACGCGGCUAUGCUACCAGCUACAAGCACCGGAAGCACUAAACACCCCCACGCUACAACCUAGCACAUCUAAACUCCACGACAACGCCCCAAGAGGGAAGACGGCGGAAAGCGUCGCCGCUGCCAUGGCUGAUC